GGAGACGGGGACCGCGGGUCGGCCCCUGGACGCAUGCGCCGGGGAGGCAGUGCGCCUGUGCGGCCGCGAGCGCCACCUUCCAGGGUCGCUUCUGCGGCUUCUUUUGGUCGGGCUCGCAUGCUGCGGGGCGCGCGGCGGGCGGCUGUAGCGGGAAGCCGGCCGGGAUGGGAUGCCAGCGCACUCUGGGCAGGAAGUGCGGCUGCCAGGGAUUGCGGAGCCGGGCCGGAGGCGCAGGGCCGGCGGCGCCCUCCUUAUGACGGAGAGGACGUUGGUGGGUUGCAGCGUCGCAGCCACCGCCGCACCGCCCCGGGUGCGCGAGCAGCGGUGGCAGGGCCUCCGCCAGAGCCUCCUGAGGCCAUCCACGGCCACGUGGGCGGCUGGGUGAGUCAACCACCCUCGGGACAGAGUUGCUGGGCCUUCCGCAAGAGUUCGCACGUGCAGCGAAAGUGGCCAGUCUUUUCUUUAAUGGAACUGCAGACACCGGAAUUUCUUCAUGCUUUGUUACCGGUAUCCACUGCUACCACGGCCAUUUCUCCUGGUCAUCUGGGCUCCGUGUUGGUUCCGUUUUCGCCAAGUUUAAUGGCAACCAAUCCAUUGUCAUCCGUGUUUAUCACUAACAGGAUGAAGUCUCAAGAACGGAGAAGACUGCCUGGAUUUGGAGGAAGUGGCCAAGUAGGGAGUCUGUUAAGGCGGCAUUAUGGAGUGUUUUUUGGAAACCACUGUGGCAAUAAAACGUUUUUGAGACGGGAAGUCUGCGUGGAGCUUUAAUGGGCGUAAGGAGGGGCGCUCAGUAGUACUUCGGCCGCAGUGCCACCAAAUGGCUGUCCUUCCAGCUCCAAGAUGAGAAAGUGAUUAUGAGAGAAAGAGCAAAGGGAGGGAGAGAGAAAGAGAGGUGGG